GCCGUUGCCGUAGCGGAGCGCUCUGGCUCUGUGUGCGUGUGUCUGUCUGAGGUUCGGCCGCGGACGGUUUGUUGAGCCCGUUAGUGCCCUCGGCCGAGACUCACGCCGCCGCCAUGUCCCGCUACCUGCGCCCCCCGAACACGUCUCUGUUCGUCAGGAACGUGGCGGACGACACCAGGUCUGAAGAUUUACGGCGCGAGUUUGGUCGCUAUGGUCCUAUAGUUGAUGUGUAUGUUCCGCUUGAUUUCUACACUCGCCGUCCAAGAGGAUUUGCUUAUGUUCAAUUUGAGGAUGUUCGUGAUGCUGAAGAUGCUUUACAUAAUCUGGACAGAAAAUGGAUUUGCGGACGUCAGAUUGAAAUACAGUUUGCACAGGGAGAUCGGAAGACACCAAAUCAGAUGAAAGCCAAGGAAGGGAGGAAUGUGUACAGUUCUUCACGCUAUGAUGAUUAUGACAGAUACAGGCGUUCUAGAAGCCGAAGUUAUGAAAGGAGGAGAUCAAGAAGUCGGUCUUUUGAUUACAACUAUAGAAGAUCUUAUAGUCCUAGAAACAGUAGACCGACUGGAAGACCUCGCCGUAGCAGAAGCCAUUCCGACAAUGAUAGAUUCAAACACCGAAAUCGAUCUUUUUCAAGAUCUAAAUCCAAUUCAAGAUCACGGUCCAAGUCCCAGCCCAAGAAAGAAAUGAAGGCUAAAUCACGUUCUAGGUCUGCAUCUCACACCAAAACUAGAGGCACCUCUAAAACAGAUUCCAAAACACAUUAUAAGUCUGGCUCAAGAGAUGAAAAGGAAUCAAGGAAAAAAGAACCACCUAGAUCCAAAUCUCAGUCAAGAUCACAGUCUAGGUCUAGGUCAAAAUCUAGAUCAAGGUCUUGGACUAGUCCUAAGUCCAGUGGCCACUGAUAGCAUAAACCAUGAUAAUUUUUAGGCAUGUAUCAUUCAUUUACUCAUAGUUUGGUUUACUUAAAUUAUCAGGAAUACAAUGUUGCAAUGAUGCUUAAAAAACACUUGUUAGUUUUCCCUGUAGCAGGCAAUGGUUAUAAUUAAAAUGAUAUGCUGUUGAGAAGCCACUCUUAAGAGUCCAGUUUGUUUAAUGUUAUGGGCAGCUACCAAUUUGUGGUGUCUCUGUAUAUUUUUGUAAAGAUUCUCAUUUUUUAUGCUUGAAGUAUUUGGUGAAAAGAUGUUGGUUGACCUUAAUUUGCAACAUUGUCUCAUUAAAAAUGAACUUUCAUAUCCAUAUUUGGUAGAAGUGUUAACCUAGAGCUGUAGCUUGCUAAUAAGAUAGAAUGAUACAAAAGCUAAGUAGCCACAGUACAACACUGACUGCUCACACAGUAGGUUCAGGGUGGACCUUUAUGUUUUGUCGAGAUGUGUAGGCCCUUGUUAAUAGUUUAUUUAUGACACAGUUUGGACUAGUUCUUUUGCUAACCCCACUAUUUGGGGGAAUGCCCCCAUCUGGGUUAAGUAGCAUUUUCAGGGCUAUGAGUUUUUGGCUGAAACAUGGAGCCUUCACUGCUUUUUUUCUGGUCUUUAUAAAGAUGUAGAACAUACAUACAUCAGAAGAACCCACCUUAGAAUUUGAGCAGGUCAAUAAUGGCAGAAAUAAUUUGAAGGGGAAAAGAAUAUUAUGUACUUAACACUGAAGUUUAAGAAGCAUUGUUGACUAGCUUUCUUACUGCUGUUAGAAGCAAGUAAGUUGUUUCAAAGUAAGUUUUGUUUGUGUGUGUGUGCAUAGUGUAAAACUGAAUUUUGAUGCUUAUAGCACUUGGCAUGUGCAUUUGUAUCAAAACAUGCCUACCUCUUUAUGAGGGAGGCUUAACUCUUCACACCUCAGUUUUAUUUAAUGUGAGGCAAGUUGAAAGACAACACUCCCCAUUCUAGGUGAUUCUGUGGUGCCAUGAAAUUUCAAAUAAUUUGAGAAAAGGAUUAGUUUUAAGCAAGAGUCAUCUCUCAGUUUUUAAUUAUCAAUGUAGCUGACUAAAAAUGAGCAAGUAAUGCCCUUAACCAUUUAUAAUUUCUAGUAUUUCUCUGAAAGAUCGUUUUGAGGCAAUAAAGUGACUUGACAUGUCCAAUCUCAUUUCAGAAAAAAAAGCUAGCAUCUUUUUAAAAUCUCAGAUUGCUUGCUUGCAGAUCUAAGUAAUAUUGUGGGAAAACGAUUCCUUUUAGAGGAAUAUUUUUUCCAAUUUUGGUUUUAGAAAUCUAGGCUUUGCCUGUGAAGAACAAUGGGAUGGUUUUUAGAUACUGUUUGUGGAAUGUGAAGGAUUGAUUCUAGAACCUUUGUACAUUUGAUAGUAUUUCUAACUUUCAUUUCUUUACUGUUUGCAGUUAAUGUUCAUGUUCUGCUAUGCAAUCAUUUAUAUGCACGUUUCUUUAAUUUUUUUAGAUUUUCCUGGAUGUAUAGUUUAAACAACAAAAAGUCUAUUUAAAACUGUAGCAGUAGUUUGCAGUUCUAGAAAAGAGGAAAGUUGUGGGGUUAAACUUUGUAUUUUCUUUCUUAUAGAAGCUUCUAAAAAGGUAUUUUUAUAUGUUCUUUUUAACAAAUAUUGUGUACAACCUUUAAAACAUCAAUGUUUGGAUCAAAAUAAGACCCAGCUUAUUUUCUGCUUGCUGUAAAUUAAGCAAACAUGCUAUAAUAAAAACAAAAUGAAGGAAAUAAUGAUUAACUGGAAUUAUUAUAGUACUAAAUAUGAUUCUAAAAUAAUAAUAGUGGAACUAGCCUUUUGUAGCUGUAGGAAUAUUUUUUAAUCAGUGUUGCACUGGGCACAGCUAACUUACCUUGGAGAUGAUAAAACUUGCCAGAAAACUACAUCUUUUACAUAAUACUUAAAAAUUCCAUAUGUAAUGUCAAGUUGUUUCAUGGUUUUUCAUUAACCCUCUUGGGUUAAGUAACUUACAAGUUAUUUGGUAGUGUUAGAUAACACAUUAAGAUGAAAUUGAGCCAGCUAGCUAUAAAUUUAUACUUUGUUAUUAGAUGAAUCAAUAAUUAAUUCUCUGCCCCUUCCUAAACUAGCUGCAUUAAACCUGAAUGUUUAUGGCAUGAUUUAAAUUUCUUUUCAUUGAUGUUGGUGAGCAGUUAGUAUUAAGUAACUUAGGGGAAGGAGCAUAGGUGUUUUAACGUUUGAAUUCUAGCUACUUUGUAAUGACAGUUACAACUUAUAAAUUUUUCAAGUAUUUAUGAUGUGCCAGACACUCCUUCUUGAGAGGCUUUAUUUGACUAAUUUUCUCUUCAGAAGACCCUGUGAGAAAGAUACUUUUAUUUUCCCUGUAUGGUAAAUAAGGAAACUGAAACACGAAGAAAAAAGUAAAAGGCAGAGCCAGGAGGAUUUAAGCCCAGGCCUGGUUAUUAUGUUUUUUUCUUUCAGUGGAUUAUUCAGAGUAGAUUGAGGACAUAGCCCAUUGAAAUUGUUCUUGGUCUCUGUAUAGAAGUAGAAGGCCUGAUGCUUUUGCUUUUAUUUUUUAAUUGCAUUGGAUUAUUUUUAAAUUCAGUGUAUUUUCUUUAGAACCUUGAUGUUGUUCCUAAAGUGAUGUACCUGACAGCUUCAAAAGGACUAUUGUAGUUGAGCCAUGAUAUUUCAUAGUCUACUCAUACUUGAUAAGGAUCUUUAUGGUGUUUUAAGCUAAUUUGGGGUUGCAUAGUUGAGUCCAAUAUUAUUGAGUUACCUACUGGGUGUCUGGCACUGGGCUCAAUAUUAGAGUAGUCUUAUCACCAUUCAAGUGAGGGCUGACAACUUCACCUCUCUUUACCUAAGAUUUCUCUGCGUGUGUUUUGUUUUUGUUUUUAAGCCAAGUAAGCAAGAAGAAAAAAUGAGAGAUAAUGCUUCAGUGAGAAAGGAAAGGUGCUACAUGUAGAGUAUGAGCUGUUAAGUUACAACCCAGGGAAAAGACCUGGGGGCUGUUGUACUAUUCUCUUGAAAAUUUGGCCCAGUAAGCUGCUACAUCCAGUUCAACUAACAAAAUCCUGUAUACCACAGAGAAGAAUAAAAGAAAACCAAACUGACAAACAUCCUUCUUUUA